AUGGGUCUGUUCUCACGCAAGAAGGAUGCACCAGCGGCGAAGAAGCGCGACGACCUGAUCCCAUGCGACAGGAUGGUCCUGGACCCGCCGCAACAGAAGGGCAAGCACGGGUACGGCCACGGGUUGUCACGUAUCUCGCCAGAGCAGCAGCAGAUGUACACCCGUGUGCGGAACCACUUCGCGGACGAGGCACUAGUACUGCCACAGGACACUAACGCCAGUGGUAAUGACUCCGCUGAACUGACACCUCUGAGCUCAUGGGAAAGGUUCUGGGUCUCGAGGGAGUGUAUCCUGCGGUACCUGCGGGCGAGCAACUGGCACGAGGAGGAGGCAGUCAAGAACUUGUCUGAGACGCUUGUGUGGCGCCGUGAGACUGGGCUCACUCACGAUCCCAAUGCCUCCACGGCACCGGGACUCUCCGCAGAGAGUGUCGCAGUGGAGAACGAGACCGGGAAGGAGUUGGUCCUUGGGUUUGACCGUGACAGUAGACCGCUCUUCUACAUGAAGAACGGGCGCCAGAACACGGAACCGUCCUUCCGGCAAGUCCAGCACAUGAUCUACAUGACCGAGGCAGCCGUGACCGCUUGUCCACAGGGUAUAGAUCAGAUCACAGUGCUCGUGGACUUCAAGUUGUACAAGGAACCCGGAAUCAUCUCGGACAAGGCGCCACCUAUCGCAAUCGCGCGCGCGUGCCUCAACGUCCUCCAAAACCACUACCCAGAGAGACUCGCCAAGUGCAUUCUCAUCAACAUCCCAUGGUAUCUAUGGGCGUUCGUCAAAAUGAUGUACCCGUUCUUGGACCCGGCUACCAGAGAGAAGGCCGUCUUCGAUGAACCUUUCGAGAAGUAUAUCGACCCAGAUCAACUCGACGCUCAGUACAACGGGAAACUGGAUUUCCACUACAAGCACGACGUGUACUGGCCAGAUAUGGUCGCCAAGUGCGACGCUAGCCGCGAAAGACAGUACGAACGGUUCUCCCAGUUUGGCGGGGCGGUCGGGCUAAGCGAGUUCGACUUCAAGGGGACACACGACGAGCUCAAGUACCCAAUUGACUACGACAUGAGCAAGUAG